CUCCCAGGGGACCCGAUGGCCUCGGAAGGCCUGGCGGGGGCGCUGGCGGACGUGCUGGGGGGCGGGGGACCACGCGUGCAGAGCUGCGACUCGGUGCCGGCCGAGGAACUGGUGGUCCCGGUGCGGCUGCGGAGGAACGUCUGCUACGUCGUGCUGGCCGUGUUCCUCAACGAGCAGGAUGAGGUGCUACUGAUCCAGGAGGCCAAGCGAGAGUGCCGCGGGUCCUGGUACUUACCCGCAGGGAGAAUGGAGCCCGGAGAGACCAUCGUGGAGGCACUGAAGCGCGAGGUGAAGGAGGAGGCUGGGCUGCAGUGUGAGCCUCUGACGCUGCUGUCUGUGGAGGAACGGGGCCCCUCCUGGGUCCGCUUUGUGUUCCUUGCUCGCCCCACAGGUGGAAUUCUCAAGACUUCCAAGGAUGCAGAUGCGGAGUCCCUACAGGCUGGCUGGUACCCACGAACCUCCCUGCCCACUCCAUUGCGAGCCCAUGACAUUUUGUACCUGGUAGAGCUAGCUGCCCAGUAUUGCCAGCAAGCUAGUCACCCUUUAAUUCUACCCCAAGAGCUCCCCUGCAGCCUGGUCUGCCAACGGCUCGUGGCCACCUUUACCAGCAUCCAGACGGUGUGGGUGUUGGUGGGCACCACGGGGAUGCCUCACUUGCCCAUCACUGCCUGUGGCUUCACCCCUAUGGAGCAGAGGGGCGGCAUGAAGAUGGCCAUCCUGCGGCUGUUACAGGAGUGUCUGACCCUGCACCAUUUGGCAGUGGAAACCAAGGGGUUGCUUGGACUGCAGCAUCUGGGCAAAGACCACACAGAUGGCAUCUGCCUGAAUGUGCUGGUGACAGUGGCUUUCCGGGACCAAGGUAUCCAAAAUGAGCCCCCAAAGAUUCGGGGCGAGAACUUCUUUUGGUGGAAGGUAGUAGAGAAAGACCUACAAAGCCAGCUCUUACAGAGGCUUCAGGAAUCAUCUGUCAUCCCAGUCAACAGAUAGGAAGGGGCAGGGAGCAGGCAAGAAGCUGGGCCUCUGUGCUCUCCUCCACCAUGGCUUCAUCUCUCCUCUGAGGGAAGCAGGAAGUUGGAGAUCAGGGAUCUUGUUGCAUUGGGAGCAGGGGCAGUUUUCCUGAUUCUCAGGGGAUUUCCAUCUCUCCUUGGUUACGGAGCAGGUCCUGCAUCACACCCACCAAGAGGGACAGUGCCUUUAAC